AUGGCCGAUCAGAGUGAUGUGGCGGCCCCGGUUGAGGACACCAUCGAACAAGCCGCGGAUUCGCUCAAACCACUAAAGGCGGAUGAUGUGAAGGAACCCAAAAAGGGACUGGAUAAAUCCACCGAGGAACCGACUCAGAACCUGAAUCGGUGCCUUGUCUACUGCAGAUUGCGCCCAGCGAACAAAACCGAUUUUCGGGGCGGAGGAUCAAAUUUGGUAUCAGUGGAGGGCAAAGACAUUGCUUUGAAGGGCGAGCGUCGAUACGCUUUUGACGGAACAUUUGAUCAGGACAGCACACAGGAGCAGAUCUUCGACUCUGUCGCCGUGCCGUGUAUUGAACACGCGUUUAAUGGUUUUUGUUCGGCACUGAUGUGUUAUGGCCAGACAGGUACAGGAAAGUCUUUUACUAUGUGCAACACAACCCCUGGCAAUGAGGGAAUUAUCCCUCGGGCGGCACGAUAUAUUUUUGAGAAGCUAGAAGCUUCUUCAGGACGUAACUACGAAAUUGUCGGGCGAUUUGUGCAGAUAUACCGCGACAACCUCGGUGAUUUGAUGGUGAGUUCAGGCAAAGAGCGGGUGGAGGUUCGAUUUGAUGAUGACGAGGGCAUUGUAUUUAUGGGGUGCACCUCCCGUGUUCUCUCCACUCCGCAGGAGUUUAUGCAAUUUUACCGCACCGGAAACGAGCGCCGUGUUGUGACGGCAACAGCAAUGAACCCGGAGUCGAGCCGUGGACACACCGCGCUGAUGAUUAAUAUUUCUUCUGAGGACCCCGAUGACCCUGCGGGGGGUAAAAUGCGGGGUAAAAUUACGUUUAUUGACUUGGCGGGUUACGAGCGCUUUAGUAAGACCGGUAUCACCAGCGACAACCCAAUCAUGAAGGAUGAAGCAAAAUGCAUUAAUGCUUCCCUGUUGGCUUUGGGGCACGUUGUCACGGCCUUGUCUUCUGGUUAUCAACAUAUUCCGUGGCGAGACUCAAAGCUCACUCGUAUUUUGCAGGACUCCAUCGGUGGUAGAAGUCGCACCUCCAUUAUUCUUACUGUUGGACCAAGCACUGAUCAUCUUUAUGAGACCACCAACACCCUCCAAUUUGGCCUGCGUGCAAUGUCGGUGAAGGUGUCAGCCAAGAAAUCCAUUGUGGUGAACUAUGAAAAGCUGGCUCGCAAUCUGCAGACAUUGCUGGAUGAGAAGGAAGAGCAGAUCGCUUUGCUUGAGGUACAGAUUGCUGGACGCGACGCUGAGCGGGCGGAGCUAAUGGAGCGGUACAACGAACAGCGAGCGGAGCUUGAUUUGCGAUAUGAGAAGGAUAUGGCGAAGUUGGUGGCAAAGAACGCAUCCCCGGAGCAGAUACAGUACCUGAACGAGGUGUACAAGGUGGAGGUUGAGAACCUUCACGAGCAGCGGGAUGAAGAGAUUAAGUAUAAGGAGGAGGUGCACUCGAAGGAAAUUACGAAACUUGUUCGUCAACAGGCGGAACAGGAGGCGAAGCGCCGGGCUGAGAUGAAGUUGGCGCAAGAGCGCAUCAUUGAGGACUUCCAGAAAAAACUUGACGAUGCACGGCAGGGGAAGAAUGAAGACAUCGUUGAUGUCUUGCGUCAGCUGACUGAAAAGGACUCGCUACUGGCCAGUCGAGCUAACGACACCGCCAGGCUUCAUGAACAUAUUGAGGUUUUGACGGAACAGAUCAAGGAGAUGGGUGGGACACCAGUCGAGGAGGCCGUCUUCCCAGAGACCUUCAUUGAUGUUGGCCAGGUUGAGGAAAUCCAACAGCAGCUGGGGGCUGAGUUGGAGUGGCACCGUGAGAAGGAAGCUCAGCUGUAUGCCGAGGUUGAGCGACUUUCAAAGAUUUCUUCUGAUCGUGUAGAGGAAAUCAACAAGUUACACGAUGAGAAUACGCAACUGCGUCAGUACCUUACCAAGAGUGGUGUUGAGCUCUCUGAAACCGAUGACGUAACAAAGUUUUUGCGUGAGAGACGCGCCAGGAUGGUUGACAGCAGUGAAAUGGAAACGCUUCGUGUCACUAUGCAAGCUGACUUGGAUGAAUCGAGGGCUCAAAAUGCGGAACUGACGAGAGAGGUGGAACGCCUCAAAGAAGAGCGUGCGCAGCAAUCUCUUCCAAUGACUGCACGCAUCUUUGGCACGGCGCGUGGCUCUGGGGGCACGGCGCGUAGCUCUGGAGGCCCGGGGCUGGGAAUUCCCCCGCUUGCUCCUCCCCUGGCCUCGGGGCGUGGCGCCAGUCAACUACGUCAGUAUUUCUUGUCAGCUGACGAGACGAGGACGGCAGAACUCGCGUCCCAAGCAGAUGCCUCAAAAAAAGCAGUAAAACAGUUGUCCGAUCAAUUGACGUUCAGUAUACAGGAAAAAAAUUCUCUGCAGGAACGCAUUCGGAAGCUGGAAGAAGAAAUGACGGCUAAUGGUUUGGUCGUUUCGCAACCGUAUGUACCCCCAAUAAAGUUGGGUGCUUCUGCUCUGCCACCUGCGCCUUCUCUUGCGAUUUCCUCUGUGCCAGGGGUAACGCCCGAUGCCGAUCUUGAUGUACUACUUAAAGUGAAAGAUGCGGAGGUGGACGAAAUCAUGGAGGUAAUUGAGCGUCAACAGUACCUGUUGACAACUGCCCGGGCCAACGAUGAACGUUACCAACACGUGAUAAACAUUCUUCAACAGUUGAUUGAUUCGGCAGAACUGCCGCGUCCAGAAUUGCAGAGCAUCCCUUCGCCGGUGGACUCUAUUGCGAUGGACGACUAUAUGAACAUACUACGGGCACUACGUGAGAGUGAGAGAAAAAUGGCUCUUCAUCUCAUAGAACGAGAUGGUAAGAAUUCUGUUGGGAUGGAGGCACUUCUUGAGGAAAAGGAUCAGGAGCUCCAACUCAAGGAUGAACUCGUUAUUGGACAUGCGUCCAAGAUGCAGUUUGUGGCCAAAGUCUGCAUUCGCCUGAAGAACCAGUUGGAACGUUUGGGUAUCAUACCUUGUUGUCAACUACCCGACUCCUAUAAGGAAUUGAUUGAGCAAGAGAGACUUGAGAUGGAGGAUCAAAUAAGGGUUCAAAAUGACCUUGAACAGCAACUUCUCUUGGAAGCGGAAGAAAAGAAACGUUUGACACAGGUGCUCCGGUCCAUGCAGGAUGAACGUGAGAGGGACUCCGAUGUCAUGCGUCGCGUUCAACAGCGCUGCAAGGAGGCACAGGAAAAGGAGAUGUAUGCCUCGGAAGCUCUGUCUCGGCUCACGCGAGAAAAAAGUGUGAAGGAGAAGGUGCUCGAGGAAUCGAUGCGGACGGCAGCAAUGGAGAUUUUGGAGUGUAAGAUGCACUUGAGCGAAGCAAAGGAACUUGAAAACACAAGAGGUGUUGGACGACUUCUCAAAUUGUUAUUUCGUCGUUGA